CUGAAAAUCUUUAGAAGGAAAUGACGUCACAGUCUAUUAGCAUCUCCGUUAGCUGUGCCGCUAUUAACUAUCACUGUGUUGUUUGACUUAAUUUGAUAUUUUCUACUGAUGGAUUGCGACUUAAUGUGUGUGCUGUGGUAUAUCCUACCACUGGGUUUACUCAUCCAUUUGCUGUGUUUCAUCUUCGCGGAUGCAGACUUCACUCUGCUGCGAGCUAGCUUGAUGGGGCACAGGCCAGAGUCUAAACUGAAAGGACUCGUGGUGUGGGUGACUGGAGCCUCCAGUGGGAUCGGAGAAGAGCUGGCCUUUCAGCUGGCAAAGUGUGGCUCCCGUCUUAUUUUGUCCGCUCGCAGGAACGAUGAAUUAAACAGAGUGAAACAGCAUUGCUUAGAGACCUCUAACCUGAAGGAUGAGGACAUUCUUGUUCUUCCACUUGAUUUGUUGGAAAGAACAACACACGAGGAAAAAACAAAAGCUGUGAUUCAGCACUUUGGACAGAUUGACAUCCUCAUUAACAACGGAGGCCGAUCCCAGCGCUCCCUCUGCUUGGAGACCAGUGUUGAUGUGUACCAGGCCUUGAUGGAGCUCAAUUUCCUUGGUACAGUCUCUUUGACCAAACAGGUGCUGCCUCACAUGACACAGAGAGGCAGAGGGAGCAUCGUGACCGUCAGCAGUGUGGUUGGUCUUGCUGGAGCACCCCUGGCAACUGGAUACUCCGCCAGCAAACAUGCUCUUCAGGGUUUCUUCAACUCCCUUCGAACUGAGCUCACAGACUUUCCUAAAAUACUCAUCAGUACAGUAUGUCCUGGCCCUGUGCAGUCUCAGAUUGUAGACAAUGCCUUUACAGAGGAACUGAAUAAGCCUGUAACAACAGUUGGUAACCAGGGACAUAAGAUGCCAACAAGCCGCUGUGUGCAUUUAAUGCUGGUGGGAAUUGCCAACGGGGUCAAGGAAAUGUGGAUUGCCCAGCAACCCUUCCUGGUGUUUUACUACUUGUGGCAGUAUGCACCCUCAUUUGCCUGGACUGCCACUGACUUGCUGGGACAGAAAAGAGUGCAGAAUUUCAAAGCUGGGCUGGAUGCAGACUCUGCAUACUUCAGUAAACCAAAGACCUCCUGAAAAAUCCAAUUUUUCAAGACCAAAGGUGUUUAUUGCAUUCCUACUGUAGAUGUUUUCUAAAAAUAAAAUCACUACUGCUUUAAUUCAUCUUUCAUUUUAAAUUAAAAACCAACAAAUCCUAAUAAAGACGAAGGAUCCCAAAACCUAUUCUUAGAAAACUAAACACAUUGAUAUUAUACAAAGAAAUUCAUAAACAUAUUGAACAAAUCAUACUAAGUAUGCAUUUGUCAAGCUUUUUUAUUACAAGUUGACCCAGUUACACAUAAAAAAUUAUUAUAUACAAUAAACUUUUAUCUAUUCCUUCUUAACUGUAAACAAUUGAACUGUAAACAAAACAAUAGCAAUAAACGCCAUACACAUACAAAAAUACAUACUCAAGGCACACCCUUGAUUUUCUUGAUAAAACAUUAAAAGUCCCUUUUGCGUGGGAACUGGAGAUAUACAUGAGGGAAAGUGUAGCAGGUUUUUCAGAAAAGAUAUGGCUAAACUUUCAUUUUUAUUUUUAUUAAAGAACAACCAUUAAUAAACUACAUAUUUUAAAUUUAAGGAGGACCUAAAUAAGUAAACAUGGUAUAAUCAACCAAAAGUUUUUUUUUGUUUAAAUAAAUUUUGUAACUUCUUUGAAGUGGAGACUCUUGUUUUCUUUUUGCUACAGUUACAUCAAUGGAGCACCCAGAAUCACAUUUAUUAAAAUGUAGAAAAUGAGCUUCCAAAGCUAAAAGUCUGCAAGUAAAAAAAAAAAAGUUUUGUAUUGAGUUUGCUAUACUUACACAAAAAUGUCCUUAAAAAAAAAAAAAAAAAAAAGAAAAGAAAUUCUUGUUGGUGGUACCGAUUGUAAAGAGAGUAUGGAAGUCGAUAACGGCCUGCCUACUUUUUUUUUUUUUUAAUCGUUUACUCGUUACGAGAAGAAUAUACUGUUGUGUCCCUCUCUCCCUUUCCUGCUCUGAGACGCCAAGACUUUACCUGUUUUAAGUCUCUUUUUGUGGUUAACAAUAAAAACAGCAGAAGAAAACACUCCC